AUGGAAGAUAAAAGACAAAGAGCUCGAGUACAGGGUGGCUGGGCUGGCCCUGCUAAUAUAAGAAAAGCUUCUCAUGCAGCUUCUGGGGCUUCCAAUCCCAGUAAUCAAGUCAAUUCAAGCAUUGCACAAUUCCAGGUGAGAAGCCAGAAGCCAGUUCCAUCUGAAAGGCAAUUUGCUUUUCAAGCACCAGAAGAGGUGGUGCAAAAAGUCCCAGAGCCCAUAAUCAUAGAGAAACAGGGUCAGUAUGAGAUCAGCACGUUGCCAUCAGGAGUGUCUCGGCUUCAUUUGGUACCUGGCUUCAUUAAUUCCAAAGAAGCUGACUGGAUGUUUGAACAGCUCCUCCAGGAGGUCCCUUGGAAGCAGAGAACGCACGUCAGACAAGAUUUAUCUUACGAGGAGCCCAGACUCACAGCAUGGUAUGGUGAAAUUCCAUACGCUUACUCUCGGCUGACGCUGGAACCAAACUCUAAUUGGCACUUGUUGCUGACCAUGCUGAAGGAUCGCAUUGAAGAGGUCACUAAGCACACCUUCAACUCUCUGCUCUGCAACUUGUAUCGAAACGAGAAGGACAGCGUGGACUGGCACAGUGACGACGAGCCUGCCCUGGGAAGGAACCCUGUCAUUGCCUCGCUCAGCUUUGGUGCCACCCGGAUGUUUGAGAUGAGGAAGAAACCCUUACCUGGGGAGAAUGAGGACUACACUUACAUGCAAAGAGUACGUGUACCAUUGGAUCACGGGACUUUGCUAAUAAUGGAAGGAGCUACUCAAGAAGACUGGCAGCAUCGUGUACCCAAGGAAUAUCAUUCCAGGGAAGCUCGGAUAAAUCUGACAUUUAGGACAAUGUAUCCAGACUUGGAGGCAGUAUGAACUUGAAACGAGGCAUCUUCUGUACUGU